AUGAAUAUUAUAUAUAUUUAUUAAAAUGUCUUUGUUAAAGCUUAAUAUCUGUAUGAUUAAUGCAAUUUUCAGCACCAUAUUUUGCUUUACAACAACACAAACAGUUAUAAAUGUAUAUUUAAUAUAUAUUUCUAAUUUUUGUACAGUAUGUGCCAAGCAAUAUUGAUAUCUAUUCCUAUUGCUUAAAUAGCUUUAUUUUUUAUUUAUGCAUGGCUAAAAAGAAGUUAUUAUUAAAUUUUGUUUGACUACAAAGAAUAAGAUUUCAGGUAUUUGGCAGACUUAUCCUUUCCCACUAAUAUUUGUCUUUGCUAACAUUCUAGAAAGUUUUAUGCCAGAGCAGCAGACCGCUGCAGGCAAGACGACAACUGAAGAUUCUGUACUUCCCUCCCCUUCCAAAGAUUCUCCUAUCCAAGCAAAAACUGUUGGUCUUGAUGAAUCUUCUCAUUCUGUAUUACUUCCAUCCUUUGGCAUGGAUGACGAAAAAUCUUCCUCAAAUGAAAUCAAAGCAAAAAUUACUUCAGAACAGGUUCAUGAUUCAGAAUUUAUUUCAAAAUCUUCUAGUGAGUCUGUGUUCAAAGACUCAGCUCAGAAAGAUGAAUUACAUAUAGAUGAUUCUAAGUUAGCAGAUGAAGAUGAUGAUGAUGAUAUUAAUUUGUUCAAGGAUAAAGAUGAAUAUGAAAUGACUGUUAAUUUAUCUGUAAAAGUUCAGCAGCAAAUAAAAUCACAAAUAUUGAAUGAAGAAUUAGAUCAAUCUAUUGAAGAAAAUCCACCUGAAGAAAAAGUAUUAGGUAUUAGUAAUAUUCCAGAUUUUGAUCAUGAAGAAAAAGUAGCACAGCAAAUAAGAACAACAAUAUUAUCACAGGAAUUAGAAGCAGAUAUUGAAAGUGCUUCUCCAGAACAGAAAGAAUUUCCUGUUCACAGUGCUGCAGUUGAAAGUGGAUUUAAUAUUGAAACUUUAAAAACAUCUGACUAUCUAUUACAAAAUGCUCUUCAACAAGAAACAGAACAAAUUACAUGGGAAACACCUAUUCAAGAAGAAACUGAAACUGUAUUGCAUGAGGAAGUUAAAGAAAUUCCAAGAGAAAAACAAUUGAUUGUAGAACAUGAUGAGGAAGUUAUAUCUGAAGGAGAUGAUGCUAUGAAGGAUACACAGAACAGCGAUUCUAUUUGUCCUACUUCAGAGAGUUCUAUUUCAGAAAAAGAUAAAUUUAAACCCUCAUCAUUAGAACAAGUAUCAUCAGAAAUAUCUGAUGAAGAUCUUGUUGAAAGAGAUCAUUCAUCUUCAGAACUAGAAACUAAACCAAUAAAUAUUUUAAAAGAAGAAAUGGAUUUAAUGAAAAAAGAACUUUUGGAAGAAAAAACUAAAAAGGAAUUAACAUCAGAAGAUUUAUAUAAAAGUUCAGAAACUCAGCUUCAAGAUGAAACACCUACAGAUAAAAAAAGUGAUAUUUUAGAAUCUGAUCAAAUGAAAACAGAACAUGAAAGUCAUACUGAUUCAUACACAUCAGAAAGUUCUGAUUAUACACACAGAGAAACUGAGGUAAAUAGUUCUGGAGCAAUAUCUGAAGAUUCACAUUAUAAAGAUAGGCAAGAUUCUUCAGAAAUAUCAGAUAGGGAAAGUAGUCAACCUCUCUUUGUUACUGCUGAAACCUUAUAUACAACUGAUGGCAGGGAAGAUAAAAGAAGUGAUUCAGAACCUUCAGAUGGAGUCAAGGAUCCUAGUAAUAUUGUUUUAAGACAAAAAUCAGCAUCUAAAAAAGAUAAACAAGGAGGACAAGAGAUGGAAUCAUGGUCUAGUUCUGGUGAAACUGAAAGUCAUUAUUAUUCUUUUGAAACUUCAGAAAGUGGGAAAACAUCUAGAGACACUCCUGCUAUUAGUAGGCCAUGUUCUUCUGAAUUUGAAGUUACAAUUGUAAGUGGUCAGCCAUCUUCUGAAUAUGAAACAUGUGUCACAUCCCAGGAAACUUCCAUUGGAGUAUCUGAAUCUUAUACAACUGCAGUAACAUCCCAAGAAACAUCUUAUUCUACUGCUUGCUCAUCUCUCAGUCAUAGUUCAAGAGAAUCAGCAUAUUCAGUUGAUUCUGAAAGUUCUGGACACUUAGCAAGUUUGGAAUUAUCUUCAGAAACCAGUGAAACACUCGUUCCUUCUGCACAAGAAAUAGAAAUGGAUCUAGUGCAAGAAAUAGAUACACCAGUUUUAGAAGAAGAAAUUGCUGCCCAGGCUGGAUUUAAAGAACCAUAUGAUUCAGAAAUUCCGGAAUGCAUAAUCAGGGAAGGAGUGGAAGUUCCUUUUCUCAAAGAUUGGUCUUUACAAGCAAAUGAAAGUGAUAUAUCUUCAGCAAAAGAAUGGAUUUGGCCUUGUGAAAGAGACAUACAGAUGGUCAUGAGUCCUUUUGAAAUAAUUACAAAUGAUGAUUUAGCAGAAUGUUUACAGGAUCAAGCUGCUCAAGAGCCUUUAUCUGAUUCUGAUAAAGGUUUAUAUGAUGUACAAUCAAAAGAAACAAUUCAAAUAGAUUCGUUAGAAACUAAAUCUGAAAAAAGCGUGGAAGAAGAAAAACUUAUUUCAGAGAUGCAGAAUGAUAAAGCAGAAAGUGAAAAAUAUUUAUUAUGCUCUGAGAGCUCAGAAUUGCCUUCUCAGUCUAUUGAAGCAAUAGAUAAACUGGAAGUUGGAACAGCACUUAGUGAUGAUGUUGCUGAGCAACUUAGUCAUGAUGAACUUUCUAUAUCAGAAAGUUCUGCCACUCAGAGUGAGCAGACUUGGCAGACUUCUAGUAUAGAAACUGCUAUCCAUAUUUCCCAACAGAUGUCCUCCUGUUUUAAGCCUUAUACUGAAACUCCCCCAGUAACUAGAGUAGAUAGCACUGUUUCCGAUGUCACAUUAGAUCUCUCAGGUUCUCCCAUACAUAGUGCCAUUGUUCAAGAUAAUUUACAAUCUGCUCAAGAACCUUCAAUAUAUCAUCAAUUAAAUGGUCCAGUUGAAGUUGAAUACAUUCCUGAAUAUGAUGCUCCUUUUGAUGACAGUAGAGAAAAUAUUUCGGUUCAGAAUGUCCAAGAAACUCAAAUUCAAAAUUAUGAUGCUGAAGGACAGUAUAUGCAAAUAAGUGAUGAUCAAGCAGACUUUAAUUCUGAGAGAUGUUUAUUUCUUGAUUCUGAAGAAAUGGUAACUUCAUCUCAACCUCCAGUUGAAUUUUCUGAACAAUGGAUAUCUGAUGGAGAAGUUCAAGCUCAGGCCAGAGAAGAUAGUUUAUCAUUACUCACAGAAGAUUUAUGGCAACAACAUGUUCAUAGGCAUGAAUCAGAAAUUGAGAAAACACCAGAUAUACAACACGAUGAUAUAGGUGAAACAAAUUGUUUACCAGAAAGUGAACAGAAUGUUCUACAUAGCCAAGGUUUUGUUCAUAUAAAUUCUGAAAUGGUUAAAGAUUAUGAAAUAGAAAAACCAAAGUUAGAAAGUAGAGACUCGUUUGAUAUGACUGAUAAAGCAGAAGCUAUAGAUACCUCCCCUGAAGAUGAAAGAUAUGAUAAUCUUCUCCAUGAUUUAGAUGAACAAAUUUGUGAUGAUGAUUCUAUAAAAGAUAAAACAUCUGAAUCAUUUCAGAAAUUAAGUACGGAUUCUAUUCAGGAUCAAAGAGAGCCUGCAGAUAAAAAUGGCUUAUUGGUUACUAAAGAAACAUUAUAUGAAUCUCAGAAUACAUACUUAUAUAAUAUGGGGUUUGAGAAAGAACUUCCUGAAGAAGUUUUAGAUGUGGCUGAGGAUCAGUUUACUGAAGAGAAAGAUAAAUUGCAGGAUUCUUAUCAAGAAACUGAAUUUGUUGAUGGUGUAUAUGAAAGAGGUCAAGAAUAUGAUGAUGUCAGUCUUGGUUAUGGUGAAUUAUAUACACAUCAAGAAGAAGAUGAAGAAACUGAAGAUGCAGAAAGAGAUGAAAGGCAUUAUAGUCCAGCUGCUGUAUCAAUAGACGAAAGCAAACGAAGUACACCCAGUUAUGAUACUUUAGGUGUUCGUAAAUUUUUUGGUAGAAGUGGAGAGCAUGAUGAUAUGUCUGUGUCAUCAUUACAAGAAUUUGAAAGAUUAGAAGCAGAAAUAGCAAUGGGAUCAAGAAUGAGCCAAGGAUCUGGUGAUUCAAAUGAAAGACAUAGUGUAACAAAAAGUGGAGAACAUGAUGAUGUAUCAAUGAAUUCUUUAAUAGAAUUUGAAAAAUUGGAAACAGAAUGCAUUGAAGUUGAACAUAGUGAAUCAGUACCAGUGGUUGAAAAAUUAUCUGAAAUUGAAGAAGGGCAUGAAAGCUUAUCAGAAGCAAGUCAAGGAACUCUGUCUGAUCAUGCUGCUGAGCAUGAAGAAUCAGAAGAUUCAGAUGAUUAUGAUAAACGAAUGUGUGAAAUUGAUGAAAUUAUUCGGCAAGCUCAAUCUAAUGUUGAAAAAUUUGAUGAUAGUUCAGCUGUACUAAGUUCAGAAAAGUCUCCUGCUAAGCAUGUUCAUACAGUUUCUAGUGAUAGUACAGAGAGUAGUCUUGUUGAUAAAUCACCAUCUCCAAAAAAAUAUCAGGGUUCCUUGAAAGAGACAGAAAGAACACAAAUAUUGCUGGAUACUCAAUUACCAAUUUCACUUGAACGAGAACAAGCUGAACAUGAAUUGGAAAGUCCAGCAACACUUGCCCGACAUAUUAUUAUCGGGAGAACAAUAAGUGGCCAUUCUGUUGAAAGUGGAGAAUCUCUUCCAAGGAGUUCUACAUCAACAGUCACUCAAUAUGAUACAGAGUCUUUAAAAGAUAGAGAAAUAGAUGUGGAAGAGAUUGAUAUUGGCUGUGAAGACAAAAAAAUUUCACCAUCUGAAGAAGAAAAAUAUUUUAUUCAAGAAACUGAUCAAGAUAGUUUUCAAACUGAAUGGAAUCUUCAUGAUUUAGCUGAACAUGGAUCAGAUCAAAUCAAACAAACCUGUGAUACUGAAUUUCAUUCCAUCCCAAAUAUAGAUCAUUUGAAACAGUUACAACCAGUAGAAUUUAGAUUACAAGAUGAUAUUACUAAAGAAACUUUUGAUAUUCAAUGGCAAGAAGAAGAAUCUCAUUUAAGUACAGAAAAUUUGACUGGUGAAGGGGAAAGCAUAAAAGCAGAAACAACAGGUUCAGGUCAUUCUAGUUCAAAUGGAAGAGAUGGAGAACAUGAUAUGAGUGGAAAAGGAGAUUGCAUGGUUUCUAGCACUGACUCAAUUGACCCGAGCAGUUCUACUGCAACUCAUGCAACUUAUCAGUUUGAAACUGAUUCAGUUAUGUCAUCAAGUAUUAACAGUGCUCAAGCAUCUGGAGAAGAAUUUACUAUGAUAUCAAGUACAGACACUUUAGAAGCGGAAACGAAAGUAACUCAUGUAAAUGAACUUGCUUUUGAAGAAAUACCUGAAGCACCACAUGCUGAAGAAGAAAUAUUAUUAGGAGGUGAUAAAACUGAAUCAAUGUCAGUUGAACAAUCUGUAACAAUACAGAUAGGAACUGAAGAAUAUGAAUCUUUACCUCAGGAAGUAAAAGAUAAAGUAAAUAAAAUGUUAGCUGCUUCAGAAGUUGAUCCUGAAAUAUCAGAAUUUCCUGCCAGUGAUACAUCUUUUUGUGAAAGUGGAGUAGUUACAAUUAGAAAAAUUGUUAAAACUCAAAUAACUUCUGAACAGCAAGUAGAAAAAACAGAAUUUCCAAUACAAAAAGAUAUUACUCUUGAUUCAACUUUUCAGUCAGAAAUAAAGGAAAAGGAAGGGGAGGAAAAACAGCCUAUUCCAUCGCACUCUUCUAUUUCCUCAGAAAUGUUCCAUGAUGAUCUUCAGACAUUUAACAAGAAUACUUCCUCCAUGCCAGAGGGUACAGAUUCUUCCCUGAAUUAUCCUUGUUCUCCUGUUACCUCUGCUGUUCCUCAGACUGUUAGUUCUGACUAUGACAUAGAUGAACCAUCAACUUUACAUAAGGAUACUGAUGAAAGUACUGCUGUCUCUCAUGGGAUUGGUCCAGCAACAGGAAAUGUUAUAGAAACUGAAGAUAGUAAUGAGGAUGGACUAAGUGAUGGAAAUGAGUGCACAGUUAAAACUAGAAUAGUUACCAAAACAACAAUAACAACAUCAGAUGGACAAGAAAUUAGUGAAACAUCAGAACAAGAUGGCAGUGAUAAUACUUUAAGAGACAGCAUGCAACAGAUCCUGGAUAAUUUUAUGACAGAAGAAAAUCAGCAACUCUGGGAAAAGAAACAGGAGAAAGAAUAAAAUUAAUCAGUUUUACAUAUUAAAAGUUUAAAAAGAAUAUAUUUCUGCCAUUGCUAAUAGCACUGUGGAGCAGCCAAGAAUACCAUAUAGGCUACUACAUUGUGCUUGCUUUAUGCUUCUAAAGACUGGAUUUCUUUGUUCAUUUGGAUUUUUAUAAAGUGAGCUGUGAGUUUAUUGGUGCCAUAUUUUGCCUUUUCCUAUCACAUCAUCAGAGGUUUUUGUUGAUCAAAUUGUCAGUUCUAUCAAUAAAACUACAUUAUGUUUUACGAUUUCUUAACAACCAUAUAAAAGUUCUCUACAUAGUAGAAAUUUUAGAAUUAAAAAAGUCCAUUUGUUCCUAUAUAAAUACAUAUGGGGAAAAUUGUACCAGCCAAGCUUAUGUAUAGGUGCUUUUCUAAUAUAGAAUAUGGAAUCUUUAACUCGGAUUUGCCAAGAAAUUAGUUAAUGACAUGUUUGAAAUUUUAUCAUUAAAUUACUGUAACAUUACUUCCAAACUAUUUAAGAAUUCUUGUUUUAUUUUUUAUUUAUUAUAAUUUUAUUUUUUAAUUUUUUUUUAUUGAAAAGUUGGAAAUUUAGAUUUUAAGACAGUGUUUAAUACUACUACAUAUUUUUAACCCAACAAAAUUUGCUUUUAUUACUAUUUAAUAAGUCAAAGUAUUUAACAUUGUAGUACUUCGCUUGCACAUACAAAUACUUUAAUAGUAUAAAAACUUUUAAAAAGAACUGAUUCCUAAAUAUUUACAUUUAAUCUGUGUAGAGUUAUUGCUGGUGGGGCAGUUUACAAAACUCCAUAUUAUAAACGUACAGGGUUUUUAAAUUAAAAAUAACAGUAUAUCCAAGAUAAGUUUUUGUUUUUAUUUUAAACCAAAAUGAAAAACAAAAAAACAAGUGAAUGUGUGCAUUUUUAGAAUAGUACAUCCUCCAUCUUCACAGGUUUGUUUAGUGAAAUACAGUAUCUGUGCAUUCCAGUUUCAGAGAUGCAAUAUCUGUAAUAAUUCACAGAAUUAAAAGUUAUAUAUAUAUAUAUAAAUUAAUAAGGAGAAACAAAAUAUGUGAAUGCAAAUGAAAAUAUGAUUUUAAAAAAGUGCACCAGUUUAUUUGUUAGAAUAAGAGUUGUGUUUCUGAAGACUGUGAGUCUAAAUUGAAAUUUAUGUAAACAGAUCAACUGCCUGUUAAUCGAUCAAAUAAAAAGCUUUUCCGUGUA